UAUUUUACUGAAUGCUGCUGGGUUAGAGAGUUUUGCAAAGAGCAGUGUGUGAAAGUAUAUUCGUCCGGUUUGUUUUAUUGAAGAACUACAGGAAUCUUCCCGCUAAACGCCAUAAUCAUGAAGAUGAAAGGAUUAAGUUUUGCAAGCGUGAUGAAGCAUCCAUCUCUGCUUCCAUUGUAUUUGUGCAUAACCCUAGGAGUCUCUGGUGCGACGUACUACACAUUUCGUCUAGCAGCACGUAACCCUGAUGUUUCCUGGCUAAACAAAAAGGAGUCUGAACCAUGGAAUAGCUAUAAAACUAAGCAAUAUAAGUUCUUUACAACAAAAGAUGAAAUCAGCAAUGCAAAGAGCCCAGUGCCAGAAUAUUGAACUAUAAUAUGUAAACUAGUAUUUGUUAUAGGAAUAAAUUGUUAUAUAAAUUACUACCUUUAAAAAUUUUCAUCUCUGAACAAUAUUAUUGUUCUUGUGAUCAAACAACAGGAACAUAAUUAGUCUCAAAUUAGUUCCAGAAGGAAUAUCUUCAACAUCAUCGAACAUACAUUAUAAUUUAAUUUUUUGUUUUGUUAGUUUGAGAGAAAGUGAUAUUUAAUAAAGUCUGUGUCUGUGUCGCCUAUAAGCGAUGCUGAUAUAGGAAA